AUGUCUGCUAAUCCCAUUCCUCUUCGCCUUCCGCCCAUGCCGAAGAUCGCAGAUAUCCUACGGAUUUAUGGACUAUCGGCCAAGAAACAACUCAGUCAGAAUUUUAUUCUCGACCUGAACAUUACAGGUAAGAAGGUCUUGAAAGGGUUGGUCAGGUUACUUGGAUACAGAUUUGUUUCUAUAAAACACGUUUUUUGUACAAGACGUUUUGAUGCAAAAGUUUUUGGGCGCUUCGUUACAAAUAUAAAGUAGAUUCGAUACGACUUUUUGUUUCGACAGUAUUCAACUUCAGAGUUCUGGGCUGAGUUGCUCAAAGCAUGGUUAGCUUUAACCAUUGGUUAAGCAGUAUCAAAACCAAUACGUUGUCAAGGUAUUAAACGCUGGUUAACGCUAACCAUGCUUCGAGCAACUGGGCCCUGGUCGCCAAAAUUGGAUUGAUGCUGGUUUAAAAUUUGGGGACAAAGAUACCUACAGAUACAAUAUUUUCUAUCGAUAGGGCAAUGAGGUGGCUGUUAAGUUAUUUAUUGGUUUGGAAAUUUACUUUUGACAGGACUGAGUGGAGUCCAAUUCGGUCUGUAAUCAUACGAGUGAUUAACAAAAUCGGACGACCGCGUAACGGGAGUCCGAUUCGUUUAAUCACGAGUAUGAUGACUGACCGAAUUGGACGACACGAAGUUCUGUUACCAAUUAAUCAUAACUUUAACAAAAUUUGUGAUAUAAUAGGCUGUUUUUUAAAUCAAAACACAAGAAAUUCGAAAUUUUGUUUUGCUAGCAGUGAAAAAAAAAAAGCCAUUUAAGCGCGCACGCGUGAUGGUGCAUACUGUCCACUUACUAAGGCAUGACGCGUACUGUCCUAUUAAACUGUCCAAUUAAGGCUGAAAUCAGGGCAGUUGAUAGCCAAUCAGAUUUGGCAAUUUUGUUAUAGUUAUGAUUAAUACCAUAAUUAUUUCAAGUUAGCCGUUGUGCAGGCUGAAACACGCCUAACUUGAUCAAAGUUCCUUCUUUAUUUGCCUGUUCCUUGGCAAAUUUAGGAAAUUAGGUUUGGCAAAUACUCUUUAUUUAUUUAGUUUUUCAUUUAUUUCUAGAAUUUAUUACAUUACACACAAACUAGAAAGACAAUAGUGCAUAGUUUAUACAUGUACAAUGUAGUGCAUAGUAUAGUGAUACUGGUUUAUGGUUGUUUUGAUACAAAGUCUCAUACUGACAUCACUUAUCGAUAUUAAUGUGCCAACCAGAAACACAUUGGGUCUUGAAACAAAAGAUUAUUUGUUUCACUCGUUUCAAAUUAAAAUUAAUAACAAAAACAAUCUUUGUAAACAUUAAUGUUUCCUAUGCUGCUACAUUUUAGUCGGUAGUUCGGCUACCAGUAUUUCUUCUUCGCCAAAGAUGUGAAGUCUUCUGCCAGUUUUUCAGCUCUACCUAGUUGCAGAAUUCUACUGGAUAUUGCAAGUGUCUUUGAAAUCUGGGUAACACUACCUCUUUAUGAAUAAAAAGCCAGGGGCAUUUCAGCGAGCCAGAAGCAGAGAAACAGUUUGAAUUUAUAAUAAGGGUAUGAUAUUAUCAUGCCAAGUGUACAUGUACAUGUAUGUGAAGUGAUGAACUUAUCAUGUAGAAAUGAUUUUUUUGUUGAAAGAGAACAUUCCCUUUGCUUGUAGAUAAGAUUGCACGAGUUGCAGAUGUAUUUGACUGUCAUGUCUGUGAAGUAGGAGCUGGCCCUGGGUCACUCACAAGGUCUCUGUUGCAUGCUGGAGCCAAGCAUGUCUCUGCUGUUGAAAUUGAUGGCAGAUUUAUGCCCUCAUUAGAGGUACAUGUAUAACAAUCAUACACAGUAUUAGACAGGUAGAAGAAUCUCUUACUUCUUCAAAAGUAUGAUGCUUACAAUUUUUGUUUGUUUGUUUGUUUGUUUCUUUUAUUUUCCAUCAGCAUUGUAUGAUUUAAAAUCUCAUCAAGUAUCUGAUAGUCAGCGAUUCCAGCCUCUUCAGAUCUAAAAUAAUUUAAAAUCUGAAGAUUGCCUCUGACUGCCCUCUAGUAUUAACCCCCUCCCCCAAUUUUACACAAAUUGGCCCAGUCUUAUCUUUCUUACUUAUGAAGUUUAGGUUAACUAAAAUUCAUUUCCAAGACUGCAAUGAUGAAAUUAAUAAUCUUUGCAAGUAUAAAUGAAGCAGAAAUACUUUCCAAAAUACUGCAGAAAUUCUACUACAAAUGGCAAAUAGUUUUGAACUAAGGGAAAAAUGGGCCAAGUAAAAAACUAGAGCACAGAGAGCUCAUUAGUCAAUUUUAUCCCCAAAAUUUUGUGACCUGUACAGGAGACUGGGAGACUCCUAGACUAGCCAGGAGAGUGGGCAUAUAUGUCAGAGGUCAAAAUUAAAUAUUCAGGUUAAGAAAAUUUUUAACCUAGGUUGAUUCUCAAUUUCCUUUGUCUUGUAGCCCUAAUUCAUGAAUUAUUUGAGCUAGGAGUUGAAGGAACUAAAGAAACAACCUAGGGUAAAAAUAAAAAAAAUUAACCUGAAUUUAAUUUUUACGUGUAACAUAUACCGUAUAUGGAUAUGGAUAGUGUUAAUCAUUAUAUUGUACUGGAUCACCCCAAAGGUUAAACAUAAACAACUGUUAGGGAUGCUGUCCAACCUCUUGUCAUCAACCACUCAAAAUGCCGAGAUUUAGUGGUUGCUUACCGUAGGAUCAAUUUUGAAGAAGAUUUAUUGGACACAAGUUUUUUAGUUUAAUAUGAUAUGUGUAGUUCCAUGUUUUCACCGAAAAUUCCUGGGAUACUCUAAGUGGCAUAGUACAUACAUUGAACACUGAGAUCAGUCAAUAUGUCAAGUAGGUGCUUAUGAGAGGUUAGGCAAAUGAAAAAAAAACCCUUAUUUUUCAACUUUUCACAUGGACUACUUAGGGAAAAUCUGUCAACACCACUGGGAAGAGUGCCUUGAAAAUAGUUAAACUGCCAAAUUUGAAAGUGAUACGUCUUAAGUGAGUGAAGAUAUACAAAUGUACAUGUACAGUCCCUAGCUCUGCUAAAAUUUACUGACGUUUGUAUGGUGGGAAGCAAGUUUGUGCCCCCUCCAUACAAAUGUCUGUAAUUUUUGAGACUUUGAGGAGCUAUAUCUUAUAUCAAACCAUUUUUAAACUUGGCAAUUCUACUAAUUGUUAGGCAUUCUUUCCAUUGGUGUCAAUGGAUUUUCCCUAACUUGUCCAUGUCAAAAUUGAAAAAACCAUGGAAGGGUCUGUUAUAAAUAUGUCAUUGAGUGAAGUGUAGUCAGUCACCAUAUUGGGUUUACAAGAUGUUCUAUCUAGAGGGCUUUUAAUAAGAAAAGGUUGGUGUUUUGGAUAGACUGCUGCUUAAAAAGACCUUGUGCAACACUGUAAUAAUUUCUCAACUUUUGUUGCUGCUAUAUUGUAUAAACAAUGUUACCACUAUUUGUGUUAAACAGAAACAAUUCAAUGGCUGCCAAAAUAUUCUGGCUCAUUACAGUUGAACACAGAACAUGACCCAGUUUAGUGGCCUUAGCUCCCAUGAGUCUCCUGUAGUUUGGUGGUAGAGCAUUAGUAAACAUCUUUCUCAAACAUAAAAUUACAGUGUAUGUGCAGUUCGUGUCUAAUUUUGAGUUUUACCACUUCUGGUGUAAACGAGUUAAAUCUAUCACUUUUUUUAAAACUAGAUGCUUCAAAGUGCCAGUAAAGGAAGACUUACCGUUCACCAUGCAGACAUUAUGAAAUUUCACAUACCAGAUGCUUUCCCAAGAGCAGAUGUUGUGAGAUGGGAGUCCAAUGGUAUUGUUACUUUACGGUUAUAAAGUUUCUUUUUACAUGUUCCAUUCUAAAAUGUUGUAGUUAAAAGGCAAGACUAGAAUGCAAAACUAAAGUUAGGGCUGCAUUUCAUAUUUUUUGAAAGUAAAAUAACACAAUGUAACUAUUCAAUGUACUAUUUCACAAAAGCUGAAGACAGCUUUUAGGAAAUUGCAGGUGAGGCUGACAAUGUGAGUCUGCUAUUUAAACAAUGAAACAAUGAAAGGUUGACCGAAACAAAAGUAUUGAUGAUUUGUCCAAUAAAACAAUCAUAUCAAUUCAUUUUAUGGAUUAAAAGAAUGCACUAUUCUUUCGUGUUGGAAAUAAACUAUUCCAUAGCAUUCUAUCGCACACUCCCACACUCUCUCACCUGACUCCACCACAGUCCGCUGCAAACCUGGUGGUCAGAGCCGGACUCAAACACAGGAUUGCCAGAUUACGAGACCACUGUCCAUCCUGUUCCAAUAAACGGCAAUGGAGUGUGAGCCUUUCUGGUCAACUUGGCAACUAUAGAUGGAACAUCAGCUUAAGUAUUCAAUAUAUCUGUACAAGUUUAUGUUCAUGUUUAAGCUUAUCAAUUAAUAUCCUAAUUAUACCUUAGCAACAGUCCUUAUCUGUAAUAGUGAACGUUUAAGCAAAGACGUUUUUGAGUGACGCACGCCAACCGGAAGUGGACUAUAAUGAGAAAGGGAUUAAGAAAUACAAAUUUAGUAGCGUCGAUAAAUUUUAAAAUGUAAAAGACCUCACUUCCGGUUGACGUGUGUCGCUCAAGAACGCCCUUGCUUAAGUUCGCUAAUAACUAUCUUAUCAAGGCGGGAAGGAAUGAAAAUUAAUAGUAAUGCCCUAAAGAACCAAACCCUUUUUUUUGGCUUAUUGUACUGUCUAAAAUUAAUUCUUUUUUUUUCAUUAUAGAUACUCCAGGUGUACGCAUGGUUGGUAAUCUCCCGUUCAAUGUGUCAAUUCCUCUUCUUCUUCAGUGGUUAGAGGCCAUUCCUCAGAGGGCAGGUCCAUUUGUUUUUGGAAGGUCACCAAUGGCCCUAGUGUUUCAGAAGGAAGUUGCUGAUGUAUGUCAUGAAUAAUUUCAAUAUUAGUGUCAGAACUGUGUGAAUAUUUUCAGUGGCUAUUGUGUGGCCCUUUUUUUUUGUAUAACCUGCAUACAGACGUGUCACUUCUAUUUCGGUUGCAUAGUGAAAAGAAGACGUAUGCACGCAGACAAGUUUUUUUUUUAAUUCUGUUUUUGCCCUAAUUUUAAGUGAACAAUAAUCAUGAUUUUUUUGUUCAUUGGCAUUCCUAGAAGUCAUGUGAAAUUCUCAGUCAUUACAAAGAUGAUCGAUUGUUGGUAGAAUCCGUUAAAUUAACAGCAAACGGCAAACGGUAAAUGUACAAUGACCAAGAUUUCCCUUUGCUUAUCGUUCACUGUUAAUUGUGUCUACGCAAAAGUAAGUAAUUAUUUAUACCAGUUGUACCCCUAGAAAUAGUUUUGGUCGGUUUAUGCGCGCUCAACCCAAAAUUCAAAAAAUUGUAAACUUUAUUGUUGCGCAGACUGAUUGUGGCGGUUUUGUCAUAAACCCCUUUUUAAUCUUUCUCUUGACAUAAGCAAACUCGGAAAAAUUUAUGACAGUUGCCCGGUUUUCUGCACAUUUUUUUUUUAUCUGAUAAGGUCAUAUGAAUCUAAAAUUCUAUGAAAAAGAACAUGAUCUUAACGGUUGAAUGAACUACUCAGGCGGCAGAAAAAGAACCGGAAAAAUUCGGGCUUCACCGGGAAUCGAACCCUGGCCUUUGCGAUGACCGGAUGCAACGCUCUAUCCAUUGAUAUGAGCUAAUCAAGCCAAUAUUCAGGUUCUUUUUCAACUGCUUAGGUUGUUCAUUUAACUGCGAGGAUCAUGUUCCCGUUCAAAUUUUUAUCCAGCGUUUCAAAGUAUGAUUUAUUUCAUAUAUUUCAAUGUGAAAUUUGUUUGCAGGGUUUAACCAGCUUUCUCCAACAUGCUACCUGCAUGUGCUUCCGCCGUCAUACUGUUUGCCGACCAAAUUCUUCGGAAAUAAAUGCAAAGAACAAAUUGUUUCAAACAAACAAACAACAACAACAACGAACAAAAACAGUUCUUUCAACUUAUGUUGUUGCGAAAAAAAAAACUAACAAACAAAAAUUAUUCUUAUUGGGGUUCGAACACAGACCACUGCGUUACCGGUGCAGGGCUCUAACCAUUGAGCUAGCAAGCCAACUGGGAGCUGGUCCUUUUUUAUUUUUAUUUUUUUGGGCAGGCUUUCUUUUUGCUACUGUUAAGUUGCGUUUUUAACUGCGAUCAUUUUCUUUGCGUUUACUUUUGGUUCAAAUAUAUGAAAUUCAUCAAUUCAUCACUUCAAAUUUAAUCGGGGAAGUUGUUCGUCGCCUUUACCAAAUACAGUAAGGCUAUGUUUGUUAAAUUGAGCACGUCAUUUUCUAUUCCGUUCCAUGCAAACUUAUUACGUUUUCCUUUUCACCUUGUCCAGAACAUCCAGUCUCCUCCAGGGAAUAGUGAAUGUACCCGACUGGCGAUUAUGACGCAGUAUCUUUGUGAAGUGAAGAGGAAAUACUCAUUACCAAGACAAGUAUUUGUGCCAGAACCCAAGGUACUGUAUGGCAAUAUGGCGAGGUCUACUUGCAAUGUACACGAAUCUUGUGGGUUAAGAAUUUGUGGGUUAUGUUAGCUCUUAAAGGGAACUCUUAAAUCAAAUUAAAUCUCAAAUCCCGGCGUCGACGCCAUAUACUCUUUUUUUCGAUAAGAAUGUCGAGGCUGAAAUUUGCGAAAUUUUAAGAUUAUCUGAAGAAUACAUCCGAGGCUAAGAGUCAAUGAAAAAGGACUCAAUUUUGUGUUUAAAAAUCUGUAAAUACGUUACAAUUGUACAUUUUAAAUUUAACCGUAUAAAGUUAUUCCUUUCACUUAACUGCAAGAACACUGGUAAUUGAAACCCCAAUACAUUCUAAAGCGUAAAUGCCAUAAGCCAUAAUUUAUAAUUAAGAAUAAUUCAAGGUUAUUUUCAGCCUAGAAGAAGAAUAAAAUAAUAAUUUUUAGCCUGGGCCGGAAAAACAACAAAUCUUAUAUAUAGAAAAGAGUGUAUGUGACUUGAGUUUGUUGCUGGUUCUCUCCUUUGCUCUCCCCCUCUCCUCAAAAACCAACAUUCCACUUAAACGGUAUCUGUAUAUUUUAUUUUUAUUUGUUUAUCCUCAGGCAGCCGAAUAGAACAAAUGUUAAGUUUUGAAAAAGAUUUUUUUUUGUUGUUGACUACAGAGUAUCGGAUCUAAUAACAUCGGAAUUUUGUUGCUGUCGAUGGUCGAACACUUGAAGUCGUUCCUUUCUUUCCUUUCUUUCGUUCCUUUCUUUCACCUUUCUUUGACUUUAUUUCAUCACCUAAGUAGCCUUGUGAUUUUGUAAGCGGUAAUAUGUUCUGUGCAACGUAAAAUUUCCGAGCAUUAGAUAAAUAAGGUAUUUGGUACACUAAAACGAUUAUUCACCUAUGUGGCCGUGAAAAUGGCGUUUAUUACUCCCACUUUAUUGGCUUGUUAACUUUCCGACGGCUUCUUUUUAACUGCUCCUUCAGAUUUUAGGUUGUCGGAUUUGGUGUUUUUAAUGUGCAUAUUUCAUUUAUACAGGUUGAUGCCUCCUUGCUCUGUUUUGUUCCAAGAGUAACCCCGCUCAUUAAUGCUCCGUUUAUAGUUGUGGAGCAAGUGGUGAAAGCGAUUUACUCGGAGCGGAGGAAAACCAUUCGAAAUUCCUUACGGUAAGGCAGCACUAUGUUGGAGGAAAAGCUCGUGGAUGUCGAGAGAGAUGUGUUUGUGCUAAGGAAUUAACUUAUUGGAAGCUUUCACAUCCCAGUUUUGCUAGACGUAUUUUAACCUCGGUUAGCGACUCAACAAGAGGAAACUGGUUGGUAACCGGUCGUAUCGAUACGAACUCAAGCAGUGGAGUUGCACAAAAAGUUUGCGCUUGAGUAAGAAAAAACAUUUUGAGUGAAUAUUCUUCGUUCUUUAAAACCAAGUACGUGAAGCUAUUUACAACUCGACUGAAUAAACUUGUAUCGAAACGCAGGUCUAGUUUUGCCAAAAUGAACAAAAUAAUCAUGAGCUUUUGAUGAAUGAGGGUUUCACUUGAUAUCCACAGGUAAUAUACGCGUGGCCCUCAACCAAAAAUUGAAGAUAAAAAAAUUAAACAAAAUUUAAGUAAAUAUUAAAUAUACAAAAUUCUAGAAAGUCCUCCGAUUUUGUGUUUACAAGUGAGCGUCCUCAUUAUUCACUGGCAUUGUUUCCAAGUUUCAUAUGCACGUGCACAUUUAGCAAAAGAUAGAAUUAUUCAGUUCUAUCAACAGAAUUAAACACAAAACCUGGCGGGGGGGGGCAGGGGGGAAAUUUGUUAUAUUUGAGGCCUUAUUUAAAAACCUUCUCUGUUUUUAAUGUUCUUGAAACUUGCAGGGUAUAUUUAUUGGCAAUUGAUCUCGGUAUUGUCAAAUUUAUAAAAAGAUUUAUCGAGCGGUUUUUUGAAAAAUGCGAAAAUUGUAGGCAUGGACCAAAUUACGUGCAAAAACUGUAACAAAAGCAGCUGAAUGCAAGUUAAUAGAAUUCUUCUUGCUCGCGAUCGCCCAGAGCAAUUCCCCUCUUUUCCUGUACGCGGUUUUCAAUGGAAUCAAACCUUUCUGAGAUGAAGCAGCGUUUCCAAAGCUUAUCAUUUUUUUAAAAAAUUAGCCAAUUGUGUGGAUAGCAUGUUAUUUCACUGUUUUUAUGAUGCUUAAAACUUCGUUUCAAAAUAUCUCGAAAGCGCUCUCAUAGAAUUUGUUCAAACUUUAUCAUAAUUGAGGCAAUUAUGGCAGGUACAAACUCCCUUAAGCGAUUUCUUAAAAAAACUCCUGGUAUCACCUUUAAAUUUGUUAAGGUUUCUAAUUAUAGGGCGCUCUUUCCAGCAAAACAUGAGGGGAUCUAUUAAGAUUUAUCUGCCAAAGUUUUACGGAAGAUCAUAGGGCAGUCAAUUUAGUUCUGCAGGAAACAAUUGUGCAUCGAAAAAAUUCCGCAUCUCCAAGGUGUUUAGUGGUGGCUCUGGUCUGUAGUCGAAAGAAAUUGCUAAGACUUUAAGAAUUGUCCUUUGUUUAUGUUCCGCAGAACCUUGUUUCCCCACAAGCCGGAGAUUGCCGACGAGCUGAUGGAGAGGAGUGAACUGGACUCCACUUUGCGUCCUCAUCAAGUUGACUUUGACGAUUACGAUAAGAUCUGUCAAUCAUUCAUAGAACUAUCGCGUGAUCACAGUUUGCCCGUUACCCCUCUCAGAGUGCGUAAACCGGUUUCCAUAACAACAGUCUCGAACAAAGAGGAGAAAACUCGCAAAAACGAAAAUAAUCUCGAGAUAAUUUCCUCGCUUUAA